CGGAUGCGGGGCGGGGGCGGGCCCCGCGCACGCGCAGUGCGGGGGGGGGGGAGCGCUCCCGCCAUGUCGCAACGCUACGGGGACCGCGAUCGCGAUAGGGAGCACGACAGGGAGCGGGAGCUGCAGUGGUCGGCCCGCAGGAUGGGUACGUCGCUGCUGCUGCAGCUGUCGGCGCACGAGCGAGAGCUGGACCUCGUGUGCCUCGACCACAGCUACGCCAAGCCCUGGAGCGCGCACCCCGAUGCCAGCGCGGCCCGGCCCGCCCGACUGCUCUUCAUCACACCCCGCAGGCACCUCGGCACCGCCCCGGAGGCCGACAUGCCAAUCGACGUGGAGACAGUGACGCCUACCCCGGUGCCCCUGUACGACAACCAGAAGGCCCGGAGUGUGAUGAACGAGUGCGAGAGGCACGUCAUGUUCGCACGCACUGAUGCUGAUGCACCUCCACCCCCUGAUGACUGGGAAGAGCACGUCAACAGGACAGGGUGGACCAUGGCCCAGAACAAGCUGUUUAACAAGAUCCACAAAGCGCUGCAGUCGGACAGGUUGGCUCGCCUGGCCAAUGAGGGGGCUUGCAAUGAGCCUGUCCUGAGGAGGAUAGCGGUGGAUAAAUGUGCCCGGAGGGUGCGCCAGGCCCUGGCCAGUGUGAACUGGGACACCAAACUUAUCCAGUGGCUCCACACGACACUGGUGGAGACCCUCAGCCUGCCCGUGCUGGCCGCAUACCUGGAUGCUCUGCAGACCCUGAAAGGAAAGAUCCCCACGCUGAUCGACAGGAUGCUGCUCUCUUCCACGGCCAAGACAGGAGCAGCUGGGGCUGAGGCUCUGUCCCUGCUGCUCAAGAGGCCUUGGGACCCAGCAGUGGGUGUCCUGUCCCAUAAUAAACCAAGCAAGUUGCCUGGUUCCCCUCUCAUCCUCAUCGCUUCCUCUGGCCCUGCCAACUCCAUGUUCCCUGCUUCCCGACGGCACCGCUUCUGGCAGUCACAGCUCUCCUGCCUGGGAAAGGUGAUUCCCAUUGCCACCUCCCUGCUGAACAAUGGCAGUGGGGUAGGAGUGCUGCAGUGUCUGGAGCACAUGAUUGGGGCUGUGAGGGGCAAAGUGGCAGAGAUUCACAACCACUUCUCUCACAAGCAGAUCAUCCUGAUCGGGUGGAACACGGGUGCCUUGGUGGCCUGUCACGUUUCAGUGAUGGAAUAUGUCACUGCCGUUGUGUGCCUUGGAUUCCCACUGCUCACCGUGGAUGGCCCCAGAGGGGAUGUUGAUGACCCCCUCCUGGAGAUGAAGACCCCCGUCCUCUUCGUCAUUGGGCAGAAUUCCCUGCAGUGCAACAUCGAAGCCAUGGAGGAUUUCCGGGAGAAAAUCCGGGCAGACAACAGCAUGGUGGUGGUGGGGGGAGCAGAUGACAACCUCAGGAUAAGCAAAGCCAAAAAGAAGUCAGAAGGCCUGACCCAGAGCAUGGUGGACAGGUGCAUCCAGGAUGAGAUAGCUGACUUCCUGACUGGAGUGCUGACCCGAGCCGAGAGCCACUCGGGCUCCGACCCCCGGGACCUGGAUGCUGAGAAGAAGAAAAAGCCCCGUGACUCCACCAGGAGGGAUCUAUCCUUUGACUUGCCAGAAAGGAACAGCAGACCUACCUCCCCCGCAGCCAAAGUGCCAGCCUCGCCCUCAGGAUCAGAGCAGGACUUAUCCAGCGUCUCCAGCAGCCCCACUUCCAGCCCCAAGACCAAAGUGGCCACCGUGUCCCUCCAGAAGCCCCCCCCGGUGGGCACCACACAGCUCCUCAAGAGGCAGGUGCCGAGGGCAGACACAGUCCUGACACACAAGCAGGCACAAGCUCAGUUUGCUGCUUUUCUGAAACAAAACAUGCUGGUGAGGAAAGCUCUUCCUCCUGGCACCUCUUCAUGUCUCUUUGUUCCGGUGCCAGAGCCCUCGGAAGGGGCUGAGAAAGAUGAUGUGCGUUUGCAGCUGAAGAGGCACCAGCCCCCCAGCCCGACCCAGUGCUCCAAAUCCUCCAAACGAGCCAAAAUCAAGGUGACCAUUGUCUCCCACGGGGAUGCUGCUGCCAUGGGCACCGGAGCAGCCCUCACCACCCAGGCAGAAAUUGUCUCCGGAAAGCCGGUGCCCAUGGCCGUGUCUGGAGCAAAGGAGCUCUCGGGGCUGCUCUCCACCCCCAGGCUGAGUUCAGCAGCAGAGGCAUCACUAAGCCCCGCUCCAACUGGAAUUCCCAGUAGCACAGCUCCCAGUGCAUUCCAUGCCCUGCAGAGCAGGCUGGUGGCCAGCAGCACCCACGGCCUGCAGGCCCAGCCAACCAGUGCCCUCCAAGGAGCAGCAUCUGCCAGCAGCCUGCUCCAAGGGCUGAGCUUCAGCCUGCAGGACAUUGGGACCAAGGCAUCCACCCUCCCUGCCAGCAUGGCUGCUGGGCCACCUGUGCAGAGCUCAGCUGUGAAGGCUCCCACAGCCCUACAGAGCCUCAGUGCCAUCACCACAGACACGGGCACCAUCGUCCGCACCAUCCCUGUGCCCACCUCCCUGGCCCUGGGGGCCUCAGCCAGUGGGAAGCCCUCGGCCAUCCACCAGCUGCUGACCAAUGGGGGGCUGGCCAAGCUGGCCAGCAGCCUGCCAGGGCUGGCCCAGAUCUCCAACCAGGCAGCAGGCCUGAAGGCACCCACGACCAUCACUGUGACCCUGCGAGGGCAGCCCGGCCGUGUGAGCACCCUGAACCAGGCGGCCAUGGGGAUGAUCCAGCCCCAGCUGGAGGAGCAGCCCAUGCAGACACAGGGCCCUCAGCUGGGCCUUUGCAGGAAGCUGGAAGCCAUUUCAACUGGUCAUGGAUUUCAACUGUGCCUGGAGCAUCUGAGCUGCACUUUGAGGGGGUAGCUUUCCUUCCCCCUAGGCAUCAAAC